UCCAGCACACCAGCAGAAGGAGGCGCAAACCCCCCGCCAGUAGUAGUUAAAGACAGCAAGAAGUAGUGCGAAACAGUGACCAAUCUGUGCUGUGAGUUUAGAUCCGUUAAGUUUAUUUUGGGAAAAUUCUUUCAAAAACCAAACAAGCCAAAACCACUUUAUCUAAUGAACAGUACGGAUCCGUUUUCAACGGUUUGUGGAUCGAACUGUUUAAAAGUCAUGCAGCCCAGAGGAUGCGAAACAAUUGUUAAAGAGUGUAGAUAAUGAAAUCGUUGUUCGGGCCAGGGGAACUGUGCAAACUGUGGAUUGGUUUCGGUGGCAUCUAGCAUCCGUGAGCAAUAUACAUUCAGCCUCCUUUCGCUGGCAGCUUCCGAUCGCAGAUCGCACAUCGUGGGAGGAUACAUUCGAUCGAAAACGGAUAAUACUCGUGUCGACCUCGUGGACAAACUAUUUGACGAAGGACAUGUCGAAGCAGUAUGUGUUGGGUGGACUGCUCGUGAUGGUGGUACACUGUAUCCGGGAGAUCAACGGAGAGUACCAAACCAGUCUUACGUUCAAUGACAUUUUGCCGGAGGAUCCAAAGUUGUACGAUAAGAUGCGGCCACCGAAGAAGGACGGUCAGCCGACCAGCGUCGCGUUCCACGUGACCGUCAUGGGGCUGGAUUCGAUCGAUGAAAACUCGAUGACGUAUGCGGCCGACAUUUUUUUCGCGCAAACAUGGAAGGACCACCGGUUGCGGCUGCCGGAGAACAUGACAUCCGAGUAUCGGUUGCUGGAGGUGGACUGGCUCAAGAACAUGUGGCGACCGGAUUCGUUCUUCAAGAACGCCAAAUCGGUCACCUUCCAGACGAUGACCAUUCCCAAUCACUACAUGUGGCUGUACAAGGACAAGACGAUACUGUACAUGGUGAAGCUGACACUGAAGCUGUCCUGUGCGAUGAACUUCCUCAUCUAUCCGCACGAUACGCAGGAGUGCAAGCUGCAGAUGGAAAGCCUAUCUCACACAACGGACGAUAUGGUGUUUCAGUGGGACGAAGAGGUACCGCUGGUUGUGGAUGAGCACAUCGAGCUGCCCCAGCUGGCGCUGGUUAAAAACUAUACGGCCGAUUGCACGCAGGUCUACUCCACGGGCAAUUUCACCUGUCUCGAGGUGGUGUUUGUGUUGAAGCGGCGCCUUGGAUACUAUCUGUUUCACACCUACAUUCCAACGUGUCUCAUCGUCAUCAUGUCGUGGGUCUCGUUCUGGAUCAAACCGGAAGCGGCUCCGGCUCGCGUAACGCUGGGUGUGACGUCACUGCUGACGCUCAGCACACAGCACGCCAAAUCGCAGGCAUCGCUACCACCGGUCUCCUAUCUGAAGGCGGUCGAUGCCUUCAUGUCCGUCUGCACGAUAUUUGUGUUUAUGGCCCUGAUGGAGUACUGUUUGGUGAACAUCGUACUGGGCGAUUCUGAUCCACCGACACCGAAGCCACACCCGCCCAAGAUGGACAAAUUCUUUGAUUUCAACGCCAAAAACGGCAAACGGAACAGCAAAUCGCAUGAUCAUCCGCAUGACGUUCCCAUCACGACGUUCCAGCGUCAGGAGAGCACACUGCUGCUGUCACCCGUGCCACACAUUCAAACGAUACCGCCACCACCCUGCAAACCGGCCUCGGCCAUACCGAAGCUAACGCCAGCUCAAAUGCGCCUGAAGCGCGCCAUCAACAUUGAUCGCUUUUCUCGAGUGUUCUUCCCCUUUCUCUUUACGCUGCUCAACGUUACCUACUGGAUCAUGUUCUGGGAGUACAUUUAAGGUGGCAGCGUGGGGCGACGUGAGGGAACCAAUAGAGUGCAUGGUAGCUCCGAGGAGUCCUGGGAAUGGGGACAGAAUUAUGUAAAAAAAAAACACGAAAAAAACGAAACACCUUGCGCCUCCAUUGAACGGUUAAGCGUGAGCCGGAUGCCCUGAUUAGAGGGCACCGGUUCACGGUGGCAAGCAGGAAAGCAACUUGGCUGAUUGUGCUGGUAGAGUACGCAAAUAAAAGCGAAGAAUCUGAUGAUGUUAAUAUGCAAAGACCUAAUAUUAUAAGCCCAAGCCUAUCGUAUACGAACGAUAAAACCCUAGCAAAAAGGGAAGCUUACAAAAUAGUUUUAUCGUAGGUUAAUGAAUAAGUGCGCGCCAAUAAUGAAAUUACGCUAAUUAUAUGAACUGUAAAAUGUAAAAUGUUUAGUGCACAUUAUGCACGAGCACACCGUUUGUGCGCAGGUAGUUUAAAGUGACUAAUGAGAAUGCUAAAAUGAACUUCAAAAAUUAACUGUUACUGAUCACGAGCAUGAA